UCACUGCUCUGUUAAAUGCCAAGAGCGCUCUUCCCGUAACAAAUAUUUUAUUCCUCUAAGCUGUGUUUCAUUUCCACAAAGGCUGCUGCUGCUGCUUCAGAGCUUCACGGGCUAUGCAGAAAACCUGCUCAGCGAGCGAGCUGUGCCCCCAGCGGAGGCAGUGGGACCAUGCAUGUCGGCGGGGCUGACGGUGAGGAGAAGAAGACUUGCAGGAAGGAUAUCGCUGCACUGCAAUCCACCUCUGAGGCUGAAAGAACUGCAAAGGAAUGCUUGAAGGACUGCUUGCCAUCUACUUCAGAGCCAAGCACACCCCCAGGUGCUGCCCAGCCCAGCUCCCUGUGGCAGGCUGUCAGCAACACCUCAGGCAGCUCCCAGCCCAGGUCUGCCUGCAGCACUGCUGAGCGCAGCCACAGCAUCCACACGCAGGCAGCAGAGCCUCCAGCACCGUGUGACACCUGUGACAGCUUCCAGGCUGGCUUUCAAGAGGUCAGCAAAGCCAUCAUUAGCGUCUGCCAGAGCCAGAACAUCCCCUCGGCUCUGAGCAGGUUCCAGGAGGUGGUGGAGGGCACUGAGGAGAGAAGGAUCCUCUCUGCAACUGAUGUGAGCUACUGGGUCUCGGAGCAAAGCAAAGAUCUCUCAUGCAUCAGCAAACACCUCCACACUCUGCUGGAACAGCUCAACCCUCUGAAGUCUGAGCUGGCAGAGUCAAAGAAGGAGAAGGAUGAGCUGCAGAAGCAGGUGGAGGACUUUGCUCGGCUGCUUCAGGUGGAGAAGGAGACCCAAGCACGGCAGAGGAAGGAGGCUGAACAGAGCCUAGAAGUAAAGAAAAAAGAGCAUUUGGAGGCUGUAGCAAGGCUGGAGCAGGACAAGGAUGAUCUACGGAGAGGAGCUGCUCUGCUGGAAGAGCAAAUCUCUACCCUAAAGGAAGCAUUGGCCACGAAGCAGGCUGCUGUGCAGGAGCUGGAGGCAACCAAGCAAACUUUGCUGGAGGACUUGAAGACUGCAAUGGUGGCCAGGAGCCGGGUGCUGGAGCUGGAGGAGGAGGUGCAGCUGCUCACCAGCCAGCGGAACAGCCUGGGCCAGGAGCUGAGUGCAGUCACAACCCAGCUGGAGAAGGAGAAGGCCAAAGUGGAGAGCACACUGAGGCAUGAGAAGUCUCUGCAGGCCAAGCAGAACACCCUGCUGCAGCAGCUGGACAGCCUGGACCAGGAGCGUGAGGAGCUGCAAGCUAGCCUGGGGGAGGCUGAGGAGGACAGAGCCCGGAUGGCAGAGCAGCUGCAGGAGAGCCAGAAGCAGAAGGAGCAGAGCAUGCACCAGCUACGGGUGCAGCAGGAGUUGCUGGACACGUUGCAGCAGGAGAAGCUGAGCCUGGAGCAGUCCAUCUCCAAGCUACGGGAGAAUGUCUCUGGGCUGGAGGAGCAGACAAAGGAGCUGAAGGAGCGGGAGAAACUCCUGGUGUUCUUCCCUGAGCUCCACAUCCCCGUUGAGACACAGUUUGAGAGCACUGGGAACAUCACCGAAGACAUGGAGAAGCAGCUGCAGGCCAACCACAUCAGGAUUGGUGUCCUGGAGCAGGAGAACACGAGGCUCAGGGCUGCGCUGGCCAAGGUGAAGGCAGCUGCUCAGCAGGGUGUGCUGCAGCACAUCCCACAGACCCAGCUGUGGACUCAGCUCAGCAGUCAGCGCGGAGGGGAGGCUGCAGGACCUCCGAGCAGCCAAGGCAGCGGAGAUGGCACAGGAUCACAAAAAGCCACCAGCAAGGCCCGGCAGCGACCUGUGGGCAGCCAGCAACAUAAGCUGCUCCCAGCAGAACCUGCACGUGAGGCCAGAGCCUGCAUCACGCUGCCAGAGAAGGGCUUGGCACUGGCUCCCCACAAGCCCAGAGGGAGCAGCAGUACAACCAGAGCACACCACUUUUUGCACCGCAAAUAGCUGCUUGGGUGACUGAGGAAGAGGUGAAACAUUAAUGAGCAGCACACAGCUACUCCCUUUAUCCCUGCAAGACCUCAUUACCUGUUGCAAACAUGAAGGUACAUUCCCUUGGGAAACUCGGUCUGCCUGCCUAUUGCUCUGUGCCCAAGGAACAGUGUUGCUGAGUGGGUGUAACACUCAUGGGCAGUGGUUCCACAGCAGCUGGGAGGCUGAAAGAAGGCUCGGCUAACAGCCAGCCACCAGCUGUUGCUUCACCUUGUUUGCUGCAAGAUGGUGGCUGCAAUAAACCUGUCUGCGCAGCUUCCCCUACUGGCCCUCUGUUGAGCAAUGUGAAGUACAGGGCAGUGGGGUGCAUGGGUUGGGCUGCUGUGUUCCCCUCCUGUCUCCCACAGCACAGCAGCCCCAGCACCACUGUAGAGUGGUGACUGGAAUGGGUCAGGUACAAGCACUGCUGGCAGUGAGAGGACCAGCAUUCAGGCAAGGAGGCUUGGGGGGAAAUUUUCAGUAUGCGGAGAUGGCUCAGAACAACGAGCAGAGCAGGGCUGGUGGCAUUCCUGGGUACUGGAGUUCAGCUGCCUGUAGCUCAGCUGCUGCUGCAAUCCUUGGCAUGGCUCUGAUCCUGACCAACUCAGAGGCAUCCACACAAUGCCUAAGCACAGCGAGGCGAGGCUCAGCCCAAGGAGCUGUUCCCAGGAGGCAGCUAUGCUGCUUUGAAGAGAACUC